CAAUAUGUACACAACCCUCAUCCCCAUCUCAAACUCUUAAACCCAAUUUCCCAAAACCUUCCCAAUUACAACAACCCAAAAAUUCUCACUGUUCCCAAACUGAAAGCCUAUCAAUGGCUGCACAGCUUACUUGUAUCACCACCAUUAGCGACCUCCCCGAUGUCAUCCUCUCCAACAUCAUCGCCGCCGUCUCCGACGUCCGCAGCCGCAACUCCACCUCCCUCGUCUGCCGGAAAUGGCUCGUCCUCGAACGUUCCACGCGCUCCUCCCUCACGCUCCGUGGCAACGUCCGUGACCUCUUCAUGUUACCCACUUGCUUCAGAUCCGUUACUCACCUUGACCUCUCCCUUAUCUCACCUUGGGGUCAUCCACUCCUCUCCCCCACCGCCGUUGCUGACCCUUUCUUAAUCGCCCAACUCCUCCACCACGCGUUUCCGUCCAUCACUUCCCUUGUUCUGUACACGCGCAACCCGUGUAUCCUAAGGAUCUUGCCUCCGUUAUGGCCAAACCUCAAGGAAAUCAAGCUUGUUCGAUGGCAUCAACGUCCGCAAUUAUCUGCUGGGGAGGAGCUCAAUAUGCUAUUUACAGAGAAUUGCCCAAAGCUUCAUUCGCUAGAUUUGUCCAAUUUUUACUGCUGGACGGAUGAUAUUCCUGUCGCACUUGAAUCUCAUCCUGCAGUUGCAGCUAAUCUCACGAGCUUAAAUCUCUUGAAUUCGAGUUUUCCUGAAGGGUUUAAGUCUGAUGAGAUUAGCUCGAUAACGCGAGCUUGCCCCAAUUUGAAGGAGUUUCGUGUUGCUUGUAUGUUUGAUCCCAGGUACAUUGGGUUUGUAGGUGAUGAAGGUUUGGUUUCUAUAGCUAACAAUUGUCCCAAAUUAUCGGUGCUUCAUUUGGCUGAUACUUCAGCUUUGUCAAACGCUAGGGGUGAUCGAAAUGAUGAGGGGUUCACUCAAGAGGACGCGAAGUUCAGUGUUUCAACUUUGAUUGAGGUAUUUUCUGGUCUUCCAAUACUUGAAGAGCUUGUUUUAGAUGUUUGUAAUAAUGUUAGAGACACCGGUCCUGCGUUGGAAAUUUUGAAUAAGAAAUGCCCUAAAUCGAGAUCGUUGAAGUUGGGGCAAUUCCAUGGUGUUUCUAUGCCAAUUGAAUCAAAGUUGGACGGAGUGGCUCUUUGUGAAGGGCUUCAAUCCUUGUCGAUAAGGAAUGUGGGGGACUUGAAUGAUAUGGGUUUGAUAGCUAUCGGUAGAGGGUGUUCGAGGUUAACCAAGUUUGAGAUUCAAGGUUGUAAAAAGAUUACUAUGAGGGGCAUGAGGACACUAGCUUCUUUGCUUAAGAAUACGUUGGUUGAUGUCAAGAUAUCUUGCUGCAAGAAUCUUGGAGCCUCUUAUUCAUUGAAAGCAUUGGAGCCAAUACAAGAACGGAUCCAAAGGCUUCACAUUGAUUGUGUGUGGGAUAGCGUUGAAGAAUUUGAAGAUCUUGAUGGUUAUGGAUACGGGUUUGAUCUUAAUGUGAACGAUGGAGGUGAGGCAUCAAGCAACUCUGCUGGUUCUGGGGACACAUUUGAAUGCGAGGAAGAUGCAUUCAUGUUUAAACAACAGAAAAGGUGCAAGUAUGAGGAAGUUAAUGGCCAUGCUAGUGGAUAUAGUGGACGAUCAUGGGAUCAGCUGCAAUCCCUCUCUCUUUGGAUUGAGGUUGGUGAACUUCUGACUCCUUUAACAGCUGCAGGUCUUGAAGACUGUCCUAACUUAGAAGAGAUCAACAUUAAAGUGGAAGGAGAUUGCAGGCUAUGGUCAAAACCUUCGGGGCGAGAAUUUGGACUGAGCACUCUUCUAUACUAUCCUAUGCUAUCCAAGAUGCAUUUGGAUUGUGGAGAUACCAUAGGUUAUGCACACACCGCACCAUCAGGGCAGAUGGAUUUGAGCUUGUGGGAAAGGUUUUAUCUGUUUGGGAUUGGAAAUUUGAGCCUUACUGAACUUGAUUACUGGCCACCACAAGAUAGGGACGUUAACCAAAGGUGUCUAUCCCUACCAGCAGCUGGGCUGCUACAAGAAUGUGUCACUCUCAGAAAACUCUUCAUCCAUGGAACAGCACAUGAACAUUUCAUGAUGUUCUUUCUUAGGAUCCCGAACUUAAGAGAUGUACAACUGAGAGAAGAUUACUAUCCCGCACCUGAGAAUGACAUGAGUACAGAGAUGAGGGCAGACUCCUUGAGCCGCUUUGAAGCUGCCCUAAACAGGCGCCUGAUAUCUGAUUGAUGCAAGGAGCAAAAUGUCGACACAAUUAUCCCAUGUCCAGUGCCUCAAAGAGUUUUAUUUAGUCAGAUAAUGUAUUAAAUAUCCAGAUCUCUAUAUAUGCAUUAUGGUUUUGUGCAUUAACCACUGCUGCACUUUGCU